AUGGUAUAUCAUAAGAAAUCAUCGAAUAAUGAGUUCUGGGAUGUUGUUACUUGGGUUCAGGAGAUGCCCGAUUUCCAAGUCGAUCCCUUCUACCAGGUUCUCUACAACAUAAUGAAGUCGCAGCCGCCUAGCAAGGACCUCUAUACAGAAUCAGAUGAUAUGACAGAGCUACGCCAUUACGCUUGGAAGGAAGGCUAUACGGUGCGUUGGAUAGUUUUCAAGACUGGCCCAGUGAAACAUCAGAUACAAGUUAUACCGAGAAAUGGACGACACGAGCCAAUUGUUACCCAAAGUAUUGGUAGCAGAAUGGAGGCCUGGUACGACGCAAAAAGUGCAUUUGUGAAAGCGAGUGGGAAAAAAAGCCCUUUUACCGUGGACAAAGAAUACGAAGAAUCCAAGAAGUUUAUAGAGAGUUUGAAUCUCAGUGCUCUGGCAGGGGAGGAUCUCGGGUGCCACUAA